UAUUACAAACCGUGUUACUUUUCUCCUGCUAAUCUUCUAACGUCGUCAUCUGUGCAAUGGAUGUUCACAGGAUCCAGAGAGUAGAAAUGUCUGAAUCAUUGCUGGUUAUUAUCAGUAAUAAGUUCUGUCAAGAAUUAAGUAUAGGAAAACAACCUCUUCACGUAAUAUAAACACCAGAAAUCCCAGACUGCAAUAAAUGAACAUCAAAGAGGCAAAAUACCAUUGCAUCGCUCUUUUAACCAACAUUCAAAGGCAUGGAAACAUAAUAUCCUUGUCCCCAAUUUAGAUGCUGGUACAAGUCACCUUUUGUACAAAGCAUUGAAUGAAAAAUGCUUAUAAAAUAUAUCAGCCAAGAAUAAGAUUUCCACCGUCUCUCUCCCAUUGAUAAAAGCAUAUAAAGUGAUAGCUUAGCAUCUAGGAAAAUCCCAUGUUAAAAGUUCUAACAGUAACAGCAUUAUGGCUGAUACAUACAGAAAUUGCAUCUGCGUUCUCCUGUUGAUAGCUUGUCUCUGUCUAAGCAAAGUAACCGUUACAGCCCGGCUUGUCCAAAUUCGGCAGCGCAUCAGGCUAAAUGGUGUUAUAAACUUUCUGGCUGUCGGAGACUGGGGACGGAAGGGAACUUUCAAUCAAUCUGCCGUUGCUCGUAGUGUAUAUAUUUAUAUAUAUAUAUAGUAUACGACGAAAUUCUGCUGGAAUAUUUCCUCUCAAUUUUUUACUUACCUUUAACGAACUCUAUUUCAAAUAUGGAUGCAGAUGGGUGAAGUUGGAGCAAAGCUAGGAAUUGACUUUGUAGUCUCUACAGGUGAUAACUUUUACAAUGAUGGAUUAACUGGGGUUAGAGACCCUGCCUUUGCACAAUCAUUUACCAAUAUAUAUACUGCAAGAAGCCUACGAAAACCUUGGUAUGCAAUACUGGGAAACCAUGAUUAUCAUGGAAAUACUAGAGCACAACUGAGUCCGUUGCUCAGAAUGCGCGACAGACGAUGGAAUUGCUACAGGUCUUACACUGUUCGUGCUGGGUUUCUGCAAAUUUUCUUUGUGGACACAUCUCCUUUCAAGGACAAGUACUUUGUGGAGGGCCCCAACAAGUUCAACUGGACAGGAGUCCUGCCUAGGAAAACAUAUAUUUCUAACCUUUUAAAGGAUUUAGACACAGCCCUGAAGACAUCAAAGGCUGCGUGGAAAAUUGUUGUUGGACAUCACCCCAUAAGAAGCAUUGGAAAACGAGGCGACACUGAGGAACUUCUGGAGAAGCUCCUGCCUAUUCUAGAGGCAAACAAGAUUCCCAUCUACGUAAAUGGGCACAAUCACUGUCUGGAACACAUCAACAACACCGGGAUCCCUAUUGAAUUCCUGACUAGUGGAGGAGGGUCGAGGGCGUGGAGCAACAUUAUACAUCGUGACAGAUACAAGAAAAACUUGAAGUUCUACUAUGAUGGGCAAGGGUUCGUAUCAGUUCGACUUACAAAACUCCAAGCAAAUGUAGUUUUCUAUGAUGUUUCCGGCCAGACCCUGCAUAGUUUUGAGCUAAAGAAAUUUGGUACAGAGGAGAAUGAGGUAUAGCUUUGCAUCCAUGCAUGCAUCUCAGUCUCCCCAUAAACCAAUUAUAUUUUUCAAAUAACUGCAGAUGUAAAGAAUUUUGCCAAUGCAAACAUAAUAAAGAGGAGUUGCACAAUAGUAGAAAUGUUACCGUUUAAAUUGUCUCUAGCUGCACCUUCUGGCAUGUAUUUAGUCGGUAUGCAGUCAAUUGCAUGGUGAAUAUGUAAUGAGGCUUAAACAAUUUAAGUUAAAGCACCAAGCUGUAAUACAAGAAGUGAGAGAAUCCUUAUUGUCAUAAAAUUCCAAUGGAUACUCUCAUAAUAGAUAAGCAAAUUCUGGUUUCUUGAAUACUACGGCCAUUAAAUAAAUUCAAAACAAAGUCACUAUGUACAUGUCAAUUAGAGCAAGAGAGUAAUUUCCACAAAGCUAUACCCAUUAUAGAGAGCAUCUG